CUGGAGACGGCAGCCUGCACAUAGCAAGCAAAGGCAUUACAUCUUUCCAUAGCAUUUUCUCUUCAUUUGAUUCCAGCACACAGCACGUUGGUAGUACCCUCUCCCCUCAGCCGCUUAAUUGUCCGCCCCCACACCAUUUUUAAGCAAUGCAGACCUACGCUAUUCUCGCCUUUGUUGCAGUUGUUGCUGCUGACCGCGAAUCCUUCCCCUGGUAUGGCCGCCGGCCCGCAAUCGCCUGCUGGCCCGCAGGUCAUGGGUAACCCUGGCAUGUUCCAGCAGCAGCCGAUGCAGCCAUUCGUCCAGGCCCCGAUGCCCGCUGUGCCCAACUUUGCCGUGCCGGGUGCCGGCCCUGCCACCUUUGCUGGCGCGCAGCAGCCGCAGAUGAUGGGUCAGCCGAUGCCCGUGGGCCAGCCGGGCACCUUUGAUCAGCUCAACAACAUGAUCGGCGACAGCGCGCCCGGCAGCCCUGCCUCCGGCAAGAAGGACGGAAAGAACGGCAAGGAUGACAAGGAUGACAAGGACGGUAAGGGUCCCAAGGACGGCAAGGGCCCCAAGGACAACAAGGACGGCAAGGGCCUCAAGGACGCUAAGGACAACAAGAACAAACCCGACGCUAAGGACAAGAACAAGCCUGGCAAGGACUCGAUCCCUAGCCUCGACAACAAGGCCAAGGGCGGCAAGGAGGACGCUAACCCCAAGCCUGCCUCUGCUGACUCGGGUGCCUCGACUGCUUCGCUCUCGCUGGCUGUUGCGGCCAUUGCCGUUCGCGUUCUCCUCUUUCCAGUAAGCUGGAGGAUAUUGAGCUCCUCCGACUCGCCGGAGGGGCCAAGGCAUCCCAGUGUCUGCUUUCGUCGUCGAAUAUUUUUCCCUUUCUUCAAUCCGCUCCCGUCCAAUAUACUCCCAAAAAUACACCAACAAU